AUUUUUGAAAUUGCUACCUGGCAUCUCUGGCACGCAUUCAAGUUGCGCUGUUCGAGCUCAGGAAGGAGAAGAAACUUUCGUCACCGAAGAAAUUCGUCCGCAAAACGUUCGAAGCGUUUCGGAAUCUAAAAAUUAACCAUUUUGCCGGCAGAAUAACAUACCUACACAAAACAUGGCUGCCAGUACCAGUGGUGAUAAAGCAGCGGAUGAUUCACUUUACCCGAUUGCUGUGCUGAUCGAUGAGCUAAAAAAUGAGGAUAUUCAGUUACGUCUAAAUUCAAUCAAAAAGCUGUCGACGAUCGCAUUGGCUCUUGGUGAAGAACGGACUCGUACUGAGUUGAUUCCAUUUCUAACGGAAACUAUCUACGACGAGGAUGAAGUGCUUCUGGCGCUUGCUGAGCAACUGGGUAACUUUACAUCCCUUGUUGGUGGACCGGACUAUGCAAUGUACUUGAUCCCACCGCUGGAAUCAUUGGCCACGGUAGAGGAAACUGUUGUUCGUGACAAAGCUGUUGAAUCAUUGCGUAUCGUGGCUGCCCAGCACAGUGCUCAGGAUUUAGAAAUUCACGUAGUCCCAACUCUGCAGCGGUUGGUAUCCGGUGAUUGGUUCACAUCACGGACUUCGGCAUGCGGACUGUUCUCGGUUUGCUACCCAAGAGUAUCGGCAGCGGUCAAAGCAGAGCUGCGAAAUAAUUUCCGUCAGCUGUGCCAGGAUGAAACUCCGAUGGUUCGUAGAGCUGCCGCUGGAAAGUUGGGUGAAUUCGCCAAAGUCGUCGAGUUGGAAUAUUUGAAGUCGGAUUUGAUCUCGAUGUUUGUCCAGAUGGCUCAAGACGAUCAGGAUUCAGUUCGUCUACUGGCUGUGGAAGCUUGCGUCAGCAUUGCUCAGCUACUGCAGCAGGACGAUGUGGAACAUAAUGUAAUGCCAACCUUACGUCAAUGUGUAAAUGAUUCAUCUUGGCGCGUUCGUUAUAUGGUUGCAGAAAAGUUCACCGAGCUACAGAAAGCGGUUGGACCAGAAAUAACGAAAACUGAUCUGGUUCCUGCAUUUCAGUAUUUGCUUAAGGACACUGAGGCUGAAGUCAGAUCCUCGGCUGCCACUAAAGUGACGGAAUUUUGUUCCAACUUGGAUAAGGGUAGCCAGGAACAGAUCAUAAUGACAUCAAUUCUCCCCUAUGUCAAGGAACUGGUGGCUGAUCCUAAUCAGCAUGUCAAAUCUGCUCUGGCGUCGGUCAUUAUGGGACUGAGCCCGAUUCUUGGCCGUACCAACACAAUCGAACAUUUGCUACCGUUGUUCCUACUUCAAUUAAAGGAUGAGUGGCCAGAAGUUCGUCUAAACAUUAUUUCCACAUUGGAGUGUAUCAAUGACGUCAUCGGAAUCCAACAGUUAUCGCAAUCUCUACUCCCUGCCAUUGUCGAACUAGCCGAGGAUUCAAAAUGGCGCGUUCGGCUGGCCAUUAUCGAAUACAUGCCUUUGCUGGCUGGCCAACUCGGGCAGGAGUACUUCAAUCAGAAGCUGCGGGAUCUUUGCUUCAACUGGUUGAACGAUCACGUCUAUGCUAUUCGCGAAGCUGCCACUUUGAAUAUGAAGAAAAUUGUACAAACAUUCGGCACACAAUGGGCAGAAACUAACAUCAUUAAUCAGAUUUUAGUCAUGUAUAAGAACAGUAAUUAUCUGCACCGGAUGACUUGUCUCUUUUGCAUCAACGCUCUGGCCGACGUUGUUGGUGCCGACAUCAUCAAGCGACUGUUUCUGCCAACUAUUAAGGUUCUCGCGACCGAUCCGGUUGCGAAUGUGCGUUUCAACGUCGCUAAGAGUCUACAAAAGCUGUCCCCAUUCCUGGACCAAGCCGCAAUCGACGAACAUGUGAAACCGAUUUUGGAAAAGCUCAACACUGACGCCGACGUUGAUGUCAAGUAUUUCGCCUCCGAAGCAAUGGUUGGAAUUGCCGCCGCCUAAUCCCGUUCGGAAUAUUUUAUAUGCAAUGUUUAAGGCAAGGUGGAAAGAAACAGACCUACUAAUAUUCAAAGAACAGCUACUUAUCUGACAAAAUAUUUCACGUUCUCAAGGCGCUUAGUUUUACGUGGGUACAUCAAAAGUUAUAGCGUUCAAUUUUUGUUUUAUUCUUCAGUCCUUUCGGACAAGAAGACGGCGACCUUUGGCUUUACAUAAACAAAACAAUAGAUGGAAAUGUUGGUUAGUAAAACAAAAUGCUAAAUAAAUGAUUCAUUGUUAAAUCUCUAACACCACACAAACAAUCAUCCGUGACGGAGCAGAUCCACACAUGUAAAACAUUCAUACUAUAUUACUUUUUCAACACAAGACCGGUUCACAAUUUUCAUCAAGGAUGGUGAGGCAUUUCGACUCGAGUGUUGGGAGAUAUUUUUGUGUUUCCUUUUUGAUAACUCUACACACAAAAAAGUAAUUUAAAGUAUAACACAACUGGAAAAAAGUAUAACCAAUUAAAAUAUUCUAAGUUUAAGCUUUAUGGAAAACACACUCUACGUAAGGUAACAUGUAAUAAAGUCCAAUAAAGGAACAAAUUAACAAAA